AUGCCACCGAAGGCACUCCCCAAGCCGGUAGUCCUUGCUUCCAAGGAACAAUCAUUGUUCAAGGAACUGUUGAGUCUUUACGAGACUAGGCAGUAUAAGAAGGCCAUUAAGACGGCCGACACUAUAUUGAAGAAGGCACCUACCCAUGGGGAGACGAUAUGCAUGAAAGGGCUGGUGUUCACAAACAUGCCAGGUAAACGAGAUGAAGGUGUUGAACUGGUCAGGAAAGGACUCGCACUUGGAUUAGAAUCCCACAUCUGCUGGCAUGUAUAUGGUCUGGUCUUGAAGCAGGACAAGAAUUAUGCGCAAGCGCUGGGUGCGUAUAGCAGGGCAUUGAAAUACGAUGUGGACAAUAUGAAUAUCCUCCGAGACGCUGCCCAGCUGCAAAUGCAGCUCCGGCAGUUCGAUCAACUUGUGCAAACGCGACACACCCUACUGGCAUUGAGGCCAACCAUGAGACAAAGUUGGGUUGCCCUUGCCGUAGCCUACCAAAUGAAUGAUGACCUCGAGAGAGCCGACAAGGUUCUAGUGAGCUACAAAUCAAUGCUCAAGAACGUUCCGGAUUACGAUUUCGAACACUCGGAGUUGCUUUUGUAUCAUUUGCGCAUCAUGGAGAAUUUAGGAAAACAUGAGGAAGUACUUGCAGCACUGGAUGUAUAUUCGAAGCAAAGGCAGAUUCUCGAUCGGACGGCCAUUGUUGAAUUUAGGGCUCGCAAUCUCAGCCAGGCAAACAGGAAAGCGGAAGCCGCGCAUGAAUGGACAACUUUAAUAGAGCAGAAUUACGAGUCGUACGCAUACUAUCGAGGGCUCCUGUCUACCCAGGAUAUUGAUCUCGGUAAGAAUACGCUGGAGUAUUCUGCAGGGGUUCAAAAGUCUGAUAUGGAGCAACUAGAUAAUUUGACCGGCGAGUCACGAUCUGCUGCAUUGGCUUCACUCAAGAAGCUCGUGACACAAUACCCAGGUGCUACUGCCCCCAAGCGACUUUCACUGGACGUUGCAUUGGGUGAAGAAUUCAGAGGGCUUGUUGAGCCCUACAUUUGGACUGGCCUACAGCGAGGAAUUCCGUCGCUAUUUGUAGACAUCAAAUCUUUGUACAAAGAAGACGAGAAGCGGGUGGUUGUAGGAGAAAUUGUAGAAGGCUUCUUACCCAAGCUCAAGCCUCAAGAUGAACCAAAGGAGCCAAAACUUGCCACCAACGGGGAAGCAAAGCCUGAACCACCUACCACCUACCUUUGGGCGCUUUACUUCCUCGGACAACACUACUCUUACUGUGGUAACCAAGAGAAAGCUCUCUCUAUUUUGGAUACAGCCAUUGCACAUACACCAACACUACCAGAGUUAUACACCGCGCGAGGGCGAGCGUUGAAACGCGCUGGUGAUUUCGUGCGCGCUUCUCUAGCGGUAGAAGCUGGAAGACUGCUCGACGGUCAAGACCGAUGGCUCAACGGCAAAUCCGCCAAAUACGCGAUGCGUACCGGAAGAGUCGAGGAUGCUCAAAAUCUACUGGGUUUGUUUACCAGGAAAGAUGCUGUGAGCCCUAGUACCGACCUGACAGAAAUGCAAUCGCUUGUGUACCUACUUCAAGAGGGAGACGCGCACAAGAGGGCUGGUAGGAUAUUUGAUGACAUCUGGGAUGACCAGUAUGACUUCCACUCUUAUUGCAUACGGAAGUAUACUUUGAAUAUUUACACCGACACGAUUCGCUGGGAGGAUCGCAUUAGAGAACAUAACGCAUACAGAAAGGCGGCAGUUGAAGCGGUCAAGAUCUACAUUCGGUUACACGACGAUCCCAGUCUUGUUGCCGCUUGCACUCCCAAGCUAACGUCUGAAGAGAAAAAGGCGAAAGCCAAAGCGGUCAAGGCUGCAUCAAAAGAGCCGAAGAAGUCAAACAAUGCAAAAGAGGAAGAAAUUCCUCCGCCAAAAGACGACGACCCAGAUGGUCUGAAAUUGUUGAGUCAGGCAAAUCCAAUCGAACAGGCUUUGAAAUUGUUGCGACCACUAGAGGCGCUCCAGGUUCAGGAUGUUGACGUCUGGUUGAUGGUCUAUGACGUUGCGAUCCGGCGCAAAAAGUACCUCCAGGCAAUGAAGGCCUUGAAUUUAAUCAAGAAGCUGUCUCCUGAUCACCACGAAUUGCACUGGCGAGUCGUCGACUUUAGGUUACAAACUGCGAGCGAGACGGCGCUCGAUGCCUCGGUCAAAGCAGCCAUUGACCAAUCCCUCAACGAGCUGAUCCCGCUCCAACAAUCCCCCGAAGCCUUCAACACCCAGUACCUCCAACGUGUCUCCACUCCGGUUGCAAAAUUCGGAAGUGCCCUAGCCGCACUCAAGAUCCAUGGAGCUGAACCCGGACAAGCAGAGGCCGAGGGCUUGAUCUUCCAGGUCCUUCAUCCAGAGGCCAAGGCAUCUAUUCAGGACUUACUGGAGGGCGUCAAUCUUCUGCAAGAUGUGGUCAAAUCCAAAAGGGUUGACGAAUUUAGGGCCGAAGGGCAAAAGCUACACCCAUUAUCGACCGCACUUCGAACAGAACAAGAGCUCGAGUCGUUACGGUCUGAGCUCGUGGGGACUGGGCAAAAGGCUGAAGAAGCCAAACCUGUGACGGAUGCGAAGUAA